AUGUCGGCAGAUCUCUUUGCCGAGUUCAGUAAUCCUUCAACUUCGACGCCGCCUACGUCGCAAUCGGACAGGCUUUUUGGACAGCCACCACAGCAGCAACAGCAGAUACAGAGCCAUGUCCACAUACAAGAUCCCUUCCAUGUAUCCAGCAGAAACAAUGCAGUGCCGGUGCAUUCACAAGCAUCACAAUCGACGCCGUUUCAAAGUUCUAUGCCAAACAACAUGGAUGCUUGGGGCCAACCGUCACACGUUUCUCAAUCAUCAACCGUGGUUCCGCAACAGCCAGAUGAUGACGAUGGAUGGGGGGACUUUGAAGUAGCGCAAACGCCUCAAGUGAACACACGGCCUCUGGUUUCGAGCAACAGCGGUUGGGGCUCUUAUUCCGCCUCUAAGUCUAUCCCACAUGACAUAAGCUACAAUGCUGCAGCAGCAACACACACUCCGGCUGAUGGCUUAAUCGGCGGCGGCUUUGAAGAUUUCGGUUCACUCGGCGGUCGGGUAGAUCACGUUCCACAGCUUUCUUGGUCUCUAGCAGAACCAAGGGAUAGAGCACAGAUGAAGACGACGCAUCACGAUCCAAAUGUGUUGUUUGAUGCGGACGAUUUUGAACUGCAAGGCGGCGGAGAAGAACAUGAUGAUUUCGACGAGUUUGGUGAAUUUGAGGCCGUCGAGUCAACACCCCGUUCAAAGCCCGUACCGGCUACCAUCCCACAACUUACACCAUCUCUUGAUCUCCUGGGGCUUGAUGAUUCUCCAAUAACCCCUUUGCGCAAGGAAGCAAAACCGAGAGUGGCCAAGGAAGAGUCAGGCCCGCCUGCCGCAGCGUCAAGUUUUGGAGCCACGUCUUCAAGUAAACUCCAACCCCUUCAAUCACUGGCGAACCAAACCCAGCCUCCUUUUGUUGAACGUAAUGUCAAGAAGACAACCCAUACGUCAACACAUAAAGCGAAUCCUAGUUCCAUUCUAAUGCCAUCCACAAAAAUGACGCCGGUGACGAAGAAGGUGUCCCCAGCAAAAGCGACGGCAAACGAUGACGAAUGGGGAGCUUGGGAUGAUUUCUCCGCGGACAAUGGAGACAACGAUUCUAGUCAGGAAACUGCAGAGACACACAAGUGGCCGUGGGAUGCUGGUGACGGUAGCAAAGCUACAAAGGCCAUGGUAGAUGACAGCAGCCCGCCACCAACAAAUGUUCCUCCUCCCUCGAUCCUACUUUCGGCAUUCCCAGAGCUCUUUAAUACUGGAAAUUCUUUGUUCAAGUCCGUUACCGGGCAAAGUCCAUCUGUCAAGCAACAGGUUCUCUCGAAUCCCAAGACUAUCCAAUUCCUUCAAGGAUACGUUCUACUAGCGUCGACGGCUGCGCGAGUGAUCGCAGGACGCAAGCACCGAUGGCACCGAGACAAGAUCCUGGCCAAGAGCAUGUCAAUUUCAGCAGCUGGAAGCAAGGGCAUGAAGUUGGCAGGUGUGGAUAAACAACAAUCUGCACGAGAGGACCGUGAAGCUGCUGACGUGGUUGCGGCAUGGCGGGAGCAUGUAGGGAGACUACGGUCUGCCGUGGCAACGGCUAACUCUGCUGGCAAGGCCAAGAUUCAAGUGCCAGAGCUUACAGAAACCCCAUUAAUUCAGACGGCAAAGAUGGUCCCGACCGCGCCUAAGCCGUGUAUUAUCUGUGGGCUCAAGAGAGAAGAGAGGGUUGCAAAGGUUGACUUGGAUGUUGAAGACAGCUUCGGGGAAUGGUGGGUAGAUCAUUGGGGCCACAGGGCCUGCAAGAAUUUUUGGAUAGAGCACGAGCAACUAUUGCGGCAGCGAUGA